CGUGGACGGAAGAAAUGUGUUGAAUGAGGACGGAGCAAGGCAUGAUAUGAUAAGUUAGGAAAGUGCUGCUGGUAUUGCUGUUUUCAUCAGUUCAUUAAAAUGGCUAUGGAGCUAAAUGUUACAAAAUUCAAUAUUGAUGCCCCACAGUGGGACCAGGGUACAUUCAUUGGACGAUUGAAGCACUUCUUCAACAUUACAGAUCCCAGGACAGUAUUUGUAUCAGAACAGGAGCUAGACAAAGCAAAAUUGCUUGUGGAGACAUGCAGAGCAGGUUCUGCUCCACCAGGGACAAGUGAAGAACAGUUGCGUUAUGCUAAGAAGUUGUACGACUCCGCCUUCCACCCUGACACCGGAGACAAGAUGAACCUGAUUGGAAGAAUGUCUUUUCAGGUUCCUGGAGGAAUGGCCAUCACUGGCUGCAUGCUGCAGUUUUACAGAACUGUUCCAGCUGUGGUCUUCUGGCAAUGGGUGAAUCAGUCAUUUAAUGCAUUAGUAAAUUACACCAAUCGGAAUGCAGCAUCUCCCAUCACGUUGACUCAGAUUGGGGUAGCUUAUGUCACAGCUACAAGCACUGCCUUGGCCACAGCAGUAGGACUGAACCUUUAUACCAAGAAAGCGCCUCCUUUAGUAGCCCGCUGGGUUCCCUUUGCUGCGGUUGCGGCUGCUAAUUGUGUGAACAUUCCUAUGAUGAGACAGCAGGAAAUACUUAAUGGAAUCGCAGUCACUGACGAAAAUGACAAUAAAUUGGGAUACUCAAGGAAAGCUGCUGUCAAGGGAAUCAGCCAAGUUGUAAUCUCAAGAAUAUCUAUGGCUGCCCCAGGAAUGAUCCUAUUGCCAGUUCUUAUGGAGAGACUGGAAAGAAUGCCCUUUAUGAAAAAAAUCCAUUUCUUACAUGCUCCUCUGCAAGUUAUGUUGGCUGGUGGUUUCUUACUCUUUAUGGUUCCCGUUGCCUGCUCGCUGUUUCCUCAAAGAUGUUCUAUGGCGGUGAGCAGCCUUGAGCCUGAACUACGCGAUUCCAUUGUAAACCAGUAUGGAGACAAACUUCACUAUGUUUAUUUUAACAAAGGAUUGUAACCAUCAACCAAAGUAGCAGCCUUACCAUGCAGUAUGACUCAAUAUCAAAGACGAAGACCAAUACCUCUAUUCCUGGACAGUGGGAUUUAGACCUGGCAUGGGUUUAAUUCUUUUAUUUUACCAGUCUAAGCUCCUUCCUGGAUGCUUGUUACAUAUUUGAUAAGCCAAAUAAUAUAACUAUUUUAGGUGCAUUUACAAUGUAAAAUGUGUUACUUUUUAAAGGAAUAUUCUAAUCCAAAAA